GUUUCCAAGUCGCGUAACAACUCAGCAUUUAAAUUUCCCGCGAUUGCCGUUGCGGAUAUCACAAGGGGCUCAUGGUCUUCGUGGCCUGCGUUUGGCCUUGAUUCGAAGCCUUCAAGGUAAAGAAAAAUUGAGCAAAAUAGAAUUGUUGAGGUUACUCCGGCACUCUUGAGACAACAACAUUGCUGACGUAGAACCUGAGAUAAAUGACACACAUAUGUGUGACCUUUCAUUUUACGCAUUGGUUCUUAAAGUAUUCUUAAUUUUAAUUUGAGUUCUUGGGUGUUGGACCCAAGCGUUUUGUUGUGUCAUUUUUGCUGCUUGUUAUCAAUUUUGUAGUUACGACAAGUGUUUGUGGAUGACGUUGUCGUGAGUAUGUUUAGGGCUCUUUUUCGUGCUUUACCUGGUAAAGUUUCUAAUGGACUGACUGCUACCUAUUUUACUGUUUCAGCUUGGGCUACUGUAGGAUUCCGAGGUGCUCAUAGUGUUUCACAAUCAGAUACUUAUCCAAAAAUGAAGGUCCACAUUUUACCAGCCCUGUCUGAUAAUUAUAUGUAUUUGAUUGUUGAUGAAGCAACAAAAGAGGCUGCCAUUGUGGACCCUGUAGAGCCAGACAAGGUCGUUCGUGCUGUCAGCCAAGAGGGAGUCAAGCUGACUAGUGUGCUCACAACCCAUCAUCACUGGGAUCAUGCUGGCGGAAAUGCUAAUUUGGUGAAGCAAGUUCCUGGUCUGACUGUGUAUGGUGGCGAUGAUCGAAUCGAUGCUUUAACAAAAAAAGUUAGCCAUGGUGACAAGUUCAGCAUUGGUCAACUGAAUGUGAGGUGUCUCUUCACUCCUUGCCAUACAGCUGGCCACAUUUGUUAUUUUGUUGAAUCACCUGGGAAUACUCCUGCAGUUUUCACUGGAGACACAUUGUUUAUUGGUGGUUGUGGACGAUUCUUUGAAGGUACACCAGAUCAAAUGCAUAAAGCACUGAUUGACACACUAGGCAAUCUCCCACCAGAAACAAAAGUGUAUUGUGGUCAUGAAUAUACAGUUGCUAAUUUGAAAUUUGCUCAGCAUGUUGAACCUGACAAUCAGCACAUUCAAAGCAAAAUAAGCUGGUCACAACAGAAAAGGUCUAAGCAAGAACCUACUGUCCCCUCUACCAUUGGUGAAGAAAAGCUCUUCAAUCCAUUCAUGCGCGUUAUUGAGCCUUCAAUUUUGAAACAUGCCAACACUCAGGACUCCAUUAAGGCAAUGGAGUUUGUCAGGCGUGAAAAAGAUUCCUUCAAGGCCUGAAAGAAUUAGAACUUGCAGCUACUGAAAUAACAUUUAACAAUGAAAAUAAUUAGAUGGAAUGGAAUGUAAACAUUUUCUUUGUAUAUUGAUUUUUAUUGUGCAUAAAGAAAUUACAUAUUAAAAUCAUAAUUUGUAACAAACAUAUAUUAACAUUCUUCUGUCGUAUAUUUUCCACGAUUUGCAUAAACUUGCAUUUCUGCCGCGUAUUUUUCCUUUGACUUUUCAUACAUUUCAUAAUAAACCUGAAAGAAUAAGAGUAAGGACAUAAGACUACAUAAAAAAAACCAACUUAUUGUAUGUAGUUAUUACCAUUAAUUCACAACAAACAUUGAGACAGCUAAUUACUAACACUCAUGUGUAAUUUAAAGUACUGCCACAUGUUUCUAAAGAACUAAUAAAAACAUAACUGGAGAGGACAAGAACCAAGAAUAAGUUGCUUUAUCAACAUUAUUGUUCCAUAAUAGGAGCAUUUUCUAACAAACACUGCAAUACAAUAUGAAGCAAUUUCAUGCAUGUGGCUAAACAUUCCUAAAACAAAAGAUAUAAAAUAAUGUCAUAAAAAUGUCAAUGAAUGUGAUUUAGACAUAAAUUUCUAUUCAAAUAAUUCAAAAUUGGUUGUUUUCAUCUAUUUAAAAACACUUAAGUUUUGAAAUAAAUAAGCAAGGUGACGAAUGAUUGGUUUGCAAAGGAAAAUAAAAUUCUUUGAAUAAUACUGAGAUGCAUGUGGUUGUAAUUCCUGUACGUGCAGCAACCCCAGGUGUUCAUGCCAUAUUGUGUGGUGUCAACAUACACAACCUAAUUCACGUGCAGCCUAAUAAACUUACCAAAAAUUCAAAAAUCGUCCUUGCGGCAGAUAGGAAAAAUCAGAACUCAGUACUUAUCAGUUUUCCGUUUUUCUUUUCUCCCUGAUUUGUGACCAGAACGUUUGCUCUUACGCCAUACCUUUUUAUCCUCUGGUGGAAGUGUGUUCCACUUGCUUGCCAAUUGGCGAGUCAGUUCUUGCUUUGAUGGUUCAGCAUCUCCAGAUUUUUGUUCCAUUCCUAACCUUUCCAUAACUAUCGGUCUUUGUUCCUGGCAGAACUGAAAGAAAGGAUUUGCAGGUCGUUUGGGAGCAUUGGGAUCCCGUUCUGGCUUCUCACUGUGUUUUGUGUAUUUUCUCUUUGUUCCUGAUCCGGUCGCAGUGUUUUUUCUUCCAACUUUCUCACCUGCUGAGGCCUUGUGAGAUGUUCUGUCAUUUCCUUUGGUGUAAUGCUUUUCUGCUUUUGGUGUAACAUGUGGGGUAGUUACCGGCAUAGGUUCAUCCAGAGUUAAUGGUAGCUGCAUGUUCUGCCAGUUGUCACCAUGCUGGUCUAGUCGUUCCAUUAGGAAUCUAUCAAAAUCUUUUGAUAAGAAUAACUGAUUUUUUUUACAAGGGAUUUCUUUAGUGAAUAAAAUAAUUAGCUAGUUACUAAUGAUGCCUGAUAAAGAGUAAUUCUCAUACAUUCAGAGUACAUUGUGUUGACAACACCCUCUUUUUUUUGUAAUUUUGACAAAAUAAUGGGGAAAAUAUGAACAAAAAUGUUGAACUUGUUUGAACAUGUUUUUUUUUUACUGUGAUUUUAUUCAAAAGCUAAAAUGAAUAUUUUUAAUCGUGAACCAGUAGCCAAUAAUUAAGUCAUCAGUUUAAGAACUUCUACCAAUUUAUUCACACUCUUAAAAAACAGUUUUGACUGAUAGAAUGUCAAGAUGCAUGCUACUGCUGUUCUCCAUUCCAUUUUUAAAAUUUACUUUAACACACUUCAAAUUGGGUGUUUAUGAUGUAUUCACACAUUUCAAUACAGGUUAAAAAAACAUUAUAACCUUGCGGAUGGAUGUUAUAUGCAUUCAUUUAGCAUCUUAAAUAAGAGAUGUCAUAAGAGGGCAAGACACAGAAGCACAUUCUUUGUGAAUUUAAAAAAAUGUAAUUACUAGCUAUAAUAUUAAUUAAAAUAAUUAAUUAAAUUGUCUGAAUUAAAGUAUUAAAUAUAAAGGAACAACAAUGACAUUGUCAAUAUUAGGAGAUUCAUUAUCCAAUAUUAUUAACACUUUCUUUUAAAUUUUAGAAUCAGUUAAAAUAUUUAAAUGAUAAUUUUGAUUAUGGUUAAAAUUGAGUUUAGAACUGCUAAGAUGUAGUUGCAUAUUGCAGUAAACCAAAAUGUAAAUAUUAUAAUGUAGUACAUCAGGUUUGAGGUGUUUCAAUUAAUUACAUUCUUCAAGUCUCUUCACUAUUUUAAUUGAUAUGACAGUAGUAUUCCAACACCAUACCCAAUCUUAAAAAUUGCAUUAAGGAUUUUCAAAAUGUUAACAAUAUCUUUAGGCUCACAUUUUCAAUAAUCAAUUCAAGUUAUUGCAGUUUAUACCAAGUUCCAUUUUAAAUUGAAAAUUUUGCCAAAAAUAUAUUAAUGUACUUAGGUGUAAAGAAGGUGAUACAUUAAAACAGAGCUAUUAAGAUAUAAAAACAUUACAAUUGCAUUUUAACAAUUUCUUCUGAGCAAAAAAAGCAUCAACAUUAUAAUUCUGAAGUAUAGAUAUUAAAGUCCUCCAUAUAUAACAACCAGAACCUCGUUAAUAAUUAAAAAAGUGUACUUACAUGUCACAUACAUAAAAACGUCCAUUCUUUAUAUUAAAAAGAUAAGUCUUCAUACUUACUUUCUCUCUUUUCUGCAUCUUCUCAAUAUUUUCCUGACCUGUUGGAUCCUGUGUACUAACCGCUCGUUGUCCAAUUGCAACACUUCGCAUCUUUCCAGGAGCAACUUAUACUUUUUGGAAUAAGUGUCUCCGACUUCAUCAUUAUCAACUUCGUCAUCAGAGUCAUCUGACAAAUUGCUUGCAUUUGGUACUAUCAUUUUCUGCACAAAUGAGUUUCUUACAAUGCUAAAACCUAUGUUAAAAUGCAAAUGUUUCCUCUGUAGUACUUUUGCUCAUCCGCUUCGUCUCUUUUCUUGACAGAAGAGCUACCAUGCGCAUUCGCGAGUCACUUGUUAAUAGUUCCUCGUGGUUCCUCCAUGUAACAUUUAGCAGCACCGUUCUGUAGCCC